AUACCUUGUAAACAGAAAAAGCAUGUGUUUGAUGUAACAGUCUUGCUCUAUCAUUCAAUGUGAAAUGUCUGCGGAAGAUUCACUACAGCUCAAUUUCUUUGUUGGAGAUGAAAAAACCACUAAACGAAAGCAAUCAUACAGCAAGAAAAGGGGAACACGAAUCAAACAGAGAAAGCAAGAGAAGACCACGUCUAGAUUAGAAAAAGAUAAGUCUAAAAACUCUCAAAGUGAAAAAUCUUCACAGAUUACUGAGGAAGAAAAAUCUAGUGAGUCUUACAGAAAGAAAAUAAGAGAUGAUUCUCCCUCUAAAAGCAGCGCUGGGGUUUCGCCCCAUUUGAAAAGGAAGCAGACUGAAGACUCAACCGAGGUGCCACAUAAGAAGGAAAGACAUGAAAACAAAGUGUUCAUUUCUUCUCUAUUUAGGUUCAACCCUGAAAUUCCAUCUGUUGAAAGGUCUGUUGUGUCAAAGAAAACAGAAGAAAUAUUUUCAUCAAAAGAUUUUAAAGACUUAGAUCUACAUCCUUUUAUGAUUACGAAUCUGGAGGAGAGGUUCCAGAUAACACAGAUGACAACGGUUCAGCAGCGAGCAAUCCCCCAUCUACUCAGUGGUCGUGAUGUCAUGGUCAAGUCACAGACCGGCUCAGGUAAGACUCUUACCUUUGCUGUACCAGUAGUUCAACAUCUACAGAGCCUCACACCAAAGAUAUCCAGAAUGGACGGAGUUUUAGCACUUGUCAUUGUUCCAACAAGGGAGUUAGUCAUUCAGUGUUUUGAAACAUUCAAGAGACUGGUAAAUCCUUUCCAGUGGGUGGUGCCAGGAUGCUUGAUGGGAGGUGAAAAACGUAAAUCAGAAAAAGCCAGACUCAGGAAGGGGAUGAAUAUUCUGGUGUGUACACCUGGGCGCUUGUUGGACCACAUCAGGAACACAAAUAGUCUUAGUCUGAGUAAGGUCAAAUGGCUGGUGUUGGAUGAAGCAGACAGGUUGUUAGAUCUUGGAUAUGAGAAGGAUGUUGGAGAAAUCAUCAGUGCCCUAGACACAGAAAGUCACAGACAAACCGUGCUUCUCUCUGCUACAUUGUCGGAAGGUGUAGAGAGGUUGGCAGGUAUGUCUCUGACAGAUCCACUUAGAAUUGAUGUGUCCAAUGCAGAGGAAGAAAAUUCACAAAGUAACUCUGAAUCCAGCAAAACACAGAAGAAUGAGAACUUUGUGGUUCCGGAGAAACUGCGACAGAGUUUUGUGAUCACUCCAUGUAAGCUAAGGCUGGUGACCCUGACUGCAUUCAUCCUCCUGAAAAUGAAGAUGAUGACAAGUCCAGGGAAAAUGGUGGUGUUUUUGUCCACUCAAGACUCAGUGGAGUUCCACUACAAGUUGAUGAAGCACUUCUUUGGUGGAGAGGAGGCAGAGGACAAUCCUAACCUAGCCGAGGAGGGAGACGUCGACUUCUUCAAACUGCACGGAGAGAUGCCUCAGAAGGAAAGAACCAAGGUAUACCAAGAGUUUAGUUCUGCCAAGACUGGAGUCCUGUUCUGUACAAAUGUAGCCUCUCGGGGUCUGGAUUUACCGGAUGUGAGGUGGAUUGUUCAGUAUACCACCCCUGGGGCAGUACAAGACUAUGUCCACAGAGUGGGGCGGACCGCCAGGGUAGGGAAACAAGGCCACGCUCUUCUGUUCAUUAUGCCAGCUGAAGUAGAGUACCUGAAAUCCCUCUCAGGUCAUGGAAUAAGUAUGGAAGAAAUCAACAUGGCCGACAUAUUGAAGACAUUAAUAAUAGCAGUUCAAGACAUGGUAUCGGAUUCAGACAGAAAGAGGAUGCCACCAAAAACGUACGAGGAAUGUGCCACAUAUAUUCAAAACUGCUUUGAGAAUUUUGUGGUAGAAGACAAAGAAAUGUCAGAAAUGGCUAAAAAAGCCUUCCAGUCCUUUGUGAGAGCCUAUGCAACAUACCCCUCUGAUCUGAAGACAAUUUUCCAUGUCAGAAACCUCCAUCUGGGCCAUCUAGCCAAAAGCUUUGGCUUGCGGGAGGCACCCAGCAACAUAAACGAUAAAAGAGGAAAACCUAAAACAUUCAGCAAGAAAAAACAGUCUAGACAAGACAGGUUUGGUUCUGAAAAAAGUGGUUUCAAAACACCUUCCUUCUCCUCACAAGCAAUUUCUGAAUUCUCGAGCGGUCUAUCCAGUGGAAGACUCCCAAAGAAAAAACAUUAAAACUGUGAAUGAAUAAAAAUAUUACAAAAGAAAACAAUGGUGUUUUUU